UUUCAACUUUCUCAAACCAAGAUAUCAACACUCAUCUUUUGUUUGUUUGUUGAAAGUUCACAAAAUUAACUCGCAAGCACUUCUUAAAUCCUUCACCAACCUACAGAGACACUAACACUAAAAAAAUUUCACCUUAUUUCUUAAAUCAUCACUUUCUGAAAUCAUGUUAGUUCAACAUGUUCCAGAUUUUCAUAGGAUAAUCUUGCAAGAUAAGAAACUUAGGGUUCCAAAGAAAUAUGUGGACAAAUAUUUGAAAGGAAUAUCAAACCCUAUAUUCCUUAUAUUUCCAAACGGUGUUGAACAAAAAAUAUUUUGGGUGAAGAGUAAUGGUGAUAUUUGGUUUCAAAAAAACUGGGAAAGUUUUGCAAAGCCUUUCAAAUAUGGAUAUCUCUUAACUUUCAAAUUCAUUGGUGGAUCAUAUUUUAAGGUUAAGAUAUUUGGUGCCAAUACUUUAGAAAUAAGCUAUUCCAAUAUCAAAUCAGUUGAUGAAGGUGCUGAAGACACAAAAGAAGCUCAAGAAAGUGAUGAGGAAGCCACUGAAGAAGGUGAAGAAAGUGAUGAAAGUGAUGAAGAGAGUGAUAAGGUUGAAAUGCCAAAGAAAGCUCAAAGGACAAUAAAUGACAAGAGAAAAUUCUCAGGUAGUAACAAAGUAGCCAUGGUGAAGAAGGCUAGAAAAUACCAAACAUCUGAAGCUGUUAAUGAGAAUCCCUCUUUUGUAGUUAUAAUGACACAGUCUUACACCAAUGGCUAUUUCUUGUGGUUACCAUGUGAGUUUUCAAGAGAACACUUGAUAGAUUUUAAUGGAACUGCAACAAUAAGGGUUGAUAAUGAAAGGAGUGUGGAAGUGAGUUUGAGGUAUUAUGGUAACAAAGAAAGAUCUUGUUUGGGUGGUGGUUGGAAAAUAUUCAGGGAAAAAUAUAAUUUGCAAGUUGACGAUGUUUGUAAAUUUGAGAUGAUUCGACGGAGACCUUUUUCAUUCAUUGUCACUAUUACUCGUGCCGGAAACGAAGCAAUCCCAAAGAAACUACUAGAAGGUCCUAAUGUGAUGAAGCAUAACACAUUUAAGGUUUUGGUGAAGAACACAUCCCCGGGUGUGCCAAAGGAGUUUAUGAAAAGAGGAUGUAAUGAAAAUAUUGUGGAGUUAAAAAUGGGGAGAAAGUCAUGGUUUGUAAAAGUCAAUUAUUAUGAGAGUAUUCAUGGCUGCAGAUUCAGUAAGGGAUGGACAAAAUUUAUGAAAGCAUGCAAAGUGAAGAUUGGAGACACUUGUCUCUUUAGGUUAAUUGAUGAAAGGAAAUUUGUGUUUGAUGUUUCAAUUUGAUGUGCUUCUUUAAGGCACUAAUUAACUAGAUGUUUAUUUGCUUUGCCCUUUUUAA